AUGGCGUCCGCACUCCGGACGGCCCUUCCGCGCAGCCUCAGCAGAGCAACAACCACCGCUCGACCGAUCACAUUGGCCGCCGCCUCAUCACUAAGAAGACAUUACAGCAUCGCACCACCUCCUCCCGCAACGACCUUGCAAGCCCCCGACGCCGCCGACCCGCGCCUGAGCAAAAUCAACACCUCCACCCUCACCAUCACCAAAACUACAACGCCGAAAGCCAUCCUGCCGCACAAUGAGCUCGUCUUCGGCCGCAACUUCACCGACCACAUGCUGCUGCUUGAGUGGACUGCUGCUGACGGCUGGCUGGACCCGCGCAUCACUCCUUACCAGAAUCUCUCGCUAGACCCGGCGACUUGCGUGCUGCAUUAUGCCUUUGAGGCAUUUGAGGGUAUGAAGGCAUACAAGGAUCGCGCAGGCAAUGUGCGAUUGUUCAGGCCGGACAAGAACAUGGCGCGGAUGAACAAGAGUGCAGCGAGGAUUGCGCUGCCACGAUUCGAUGGAGAGGCAUUCAUCGAGUUGCUGAAGAAGUUUGUCAAGUUGGACGAGCGAUUCAUUCCUUCAGAACGUGGCUACAGUCUCUACAUCCGUCCCAACAUCAUCGGUACCCAGCGUACUCUCGGCGUCGGCCCACCCGGCAGCGCCAUGCUCUACGUCAUCGCCUCGCCCGUCGGACCAUACUACCCAACCGGCUUCAAAGCCAUCUCUCUCGAAGCCACCACCUACGCUGUGCGUGCCUGGCCCGGCGGUGUCGGCGCCAGCAAACUUGGCGCCAACUACGCCCCCUGUGUCGUCCCUCAGGUCCAGGCCGCAACCCGUGGCUUCCACCAAAACCUCUGGCUGUUCGAGGACAUCGACCCCGCAACCGGCAAGAAGGAGGACUUUGUCACCGAGGUCGGAACUAUGAACCUCUUCGCCGCAGUCGUCGGUCGCGACGGCCAGAAAGAACUCAUGACCGCACCACUAGACGGGACAAUCCUGGACGGUGUCACACGAGAUUCCGUGCUCGCGCUAGCCCGCGAGCGCCUCGCACCCCAAGGCUGGAAGAUUUCCGAGCGGAGAUUCGCCAUGCGGGAACUGGUCGAGGCUGCAGACGAAGGCCGCCUUUUGGAAGUUUUCGGCUCGGGAACCGCGGCGGUGGUCAGCCCUGUCCGCGCGAUCAGUUACCAGGGUAAAUUGGUGGAGUGUGGAUUGAAAGCCGAUCAGGAGGUGGGACCCAUCACAUUGCAGAUGAAGGAUUGGAUCGAGGGCAUUCAGUACGGUGAGGAGGAGGGACAUCCUUGGAGUGUAAAGGUUUGAACGAAGUGGGUGGCAUGAGUCUGUCGGAAUAAAUGACGCAGGGUGUAGGAAUGAUCUCGCGUCGAGGUGGUUUUCGGCGUGUAGGUGUGUGGAAUAGAUGUAUAGAAGUUUUGAAAUGCGGCCACAUGCGUCUUUCUACCGUACGUACGCGAGUAGAGAAGGAACGACUGCCGCUGAAGAGAUAUCCUCAAGUAGGCCUCGGUCCUAAUCCCACCCUUUCACUAAUAGAUCAUCGAGGUCGAUGGUCGGGAACAGCGGUUUCCACAGAUAUAAGGACGGAAACCCGACUAAGUCGUCCAAUGUUUGUCAGGAGUUCAUGCAUUAAGGGUGUGGCAGGUGGAAAGGAGAGGUUGAAUGCCAGCAGGUUUAGAAAUCGAAGAAAAACAAGCAGGUAGGUAUCAUAUCAUUAUAAAUUACAGAACUUC